UAGGGGCAGGCAUCCCAGAUGUCUGGCUGCGAAUAAAGGCUGCAGCCAUUGCACAAGCAGAGGGAUCGGGAGGACGGGGGGAAAAAAGUUUUCGAGGGAAGUUUGAGGAAGUCUCCGCGGGUGACCGGUCAGCCCACGCUGGCGCGGGCGACGCCGGUGGUUGAGGCUGGCCCCGGGUGCGGGCGGGGUGGUUUUGUGGCAGACGUCCCUCCGCCCCGUCAGCCGGUUGCUCUCGGAUGCCUUUCCUGAACAAUGGGAGCGGGAGCCAUCACCGUCUGUCAAAACAAGGCUGCCGUGAGGCUGAAGGAGGAUGUAAAGAGUAUUAUGGCACAGCCGUUCAACGUGCAGAGAAGUUUCAGUGUCCGGAAGGUGUUUGGCAUGUCUCUCCGUGACCUCCAGCAACAAGGCCAGGCGGCAGAGGAUGGGAUUCCCCGUGUCGUGCUGAACAUGGUGGCCUAUUUGAACGAAUACGGCCUGCAGCAGGAAGGAAUUUUCCGGGUAAAUGGAAACGUGAAGGCGGUGGAGCGGCUGCGUCUGAAGUACGACAAGGGAGAGAAGCUGGAUCUCGCGGAGGAGGGAGACAUCUGCUCAGUUGCCAGUCUUCUCAAGCUCUUCCUUCGAGAACUGCCGGAUGCGGUAAUCCCCUCCAAACUGCAUCUGCGCUUCAUGCAGUUCCAGUACGACCACAACGGAAACCUAGAAGAACUCAAGUACCUUAUAAAGCAGCUUCCAGACAUUAACUACUGCCUGCUGAAAUUUUUGUGCCAUUUUCUAACGCAAGUAGCUAUUCACCAUGAGGCCAACCGAAUGACUGUUUACAACCUCGGCACAGUGUUUGGCCCCAAUGUAUUCCGCGUUUCCCCUGGUUUUGAAGGAAUGAAAGAGCAAAAUAUUUCCAACAAGCUCAUGGCCAGCAUGCUGGAAAACUACGACUUCUUCUUUGAGAAUGUGAAAGAUGCAGACUCUCCCCCUGCAAACCAAACUAAGCUGAUAGUUGUUCAGGAAGCCACGAGCGAACUACUCUUCCCAGUGAGGCCUUGUCCAGUCCCACACAGCGCUUUAAAUACAGACACACCGAGACCACUGCCAAGGAGAAAGAAGAGCAAAAAGGCGCAGACUGAAGGCGGCGGCAGCAGCAGCAGCAGCAGCAGCAGCGGGGUUGGGACUUUCCUCACGCUGCAACCAGAGUGGUCGGCUGGAAGUCCGGAAGCCACCCAGAGGCUGCCAGCCCACACCGCCAGCCGCCAGGAAAUGGAAUCCUCAGAGGAGUUGGCACACCGUGCAACCGAGCAGGAAAUCAACAGCAGCGCUCAAGAGGAUGAUCGGCCUAUGUCCCCUUUUUAUUUAAGCGCCCACGUGUCUCCAGUCAACACCAUCUCAUCGGCGGGAGAUUUUAUGGAACAGACCAUCCGAUCAGUAGUGGAACAGCAUCUCUUUGAUGUUCAUGGCAAUGGAGUUCAGAGUUCAGAGGAAUCUGAAGCAGGGACAUCUUUGUCUGCAGCAGUUACUGCUCGGCAGAGGAGGAGACAUCUGAAAGAGCAGGAUGAAGCCCGAAGAAGCAGGGAAAUGGAUGAUAUCAACAAGGAGAACAUCCCCUCCGUGUUCGGUGCUAACGAGGAGGGGAAGCAGGGUCUUCUGGAGCCGUCCCAGCCCAGUGACAAAAAGCUAAAGGACAGCGGCACCAGCUACAUCGAGGAGGGCAUGAAGCCAAAGAAGCAAAAAUCAAGUUCUAAGCUGUCUGAGCUUAACGAGAAUCAAGACUCUUCCCUGGUAAUGGAAAAUAGCAGCUUUGCUACGUCGUGGUCUCAGGAUCCAUUUGCUGGAGCUCCAGGCGGUGACCUGACCUUUCUGGUUCAGCCUGACGACGUCAGUGAACAGGACAGGAAGGAAAGCGCCACUAUGCUCUGUGAAAAGGACACUUACAAUCCUGUAAAAUUGACUCUGAACUCGGCUAUGAAGAUCCAAGAAUCCCAGAGUCAAAACGACGCAGCCAAAGCGGGGAGAAGCGGGGACCCGGCCCCCCCGGAGGGGAGCACGGCGGGGGACGUCCCUCGGCUGGACCUGACCGGCUUGUCGGAGCACAACGACUGGGGAGAACCUGUCCCGGCCUUUUCCUCGUGGCAGCGCCCGGAAGCCGAGUCCGAGGAAGCUCGGCUCUCGCCCCAAGCCGGCCGGCUGAUCCGCCACCUGCUGGAGGAAGACACCCACCCCAUGGUGUCCCCCCGCUUCUACGCCUACGGCCAGAGCCAGCAGUUCCAGAACGAUACGGAGGUGCCUCCUUCCCCACCCAACUCGCAUUCGUUCAUGAGGCGCCGGAGCUCAUCCUUGGGCUCGUAUGACGAUGACAGGGAAGAUUUGACCCCAGCGCAGAUGAGCAAGAGAAUCCAGAACUUGAAGAAGAAGAUCAGGAAAUUUGAGGAGAAAUUUGAAGAGGAGCGGAGAUACCGCCCGUCCCACAGCGACAAAGCCACAAAUCCUGAAGUGCUGAAAUGGAUGAAUGAACUUGCUAAACUGCGUAAACAACUGAAAGAUGUGAAGUUGAACGUGUCGGAGGAGGACUUGGCUCCUCAGGUUCGGCAACGCAGCAACACUCUCCCGAAGAGCUUCGGGUCGCAGCUGGAAAAGGGGCCCGAGCAGGAGAAGAAGCCGGACGUUGCCGAGAGAGCGCAGAAACCCACUGUGGACACCACGCUGGAGAGUAUCCUGAAGAAACUGCAGGAAAAGCGUGUCGAAAUGCAGCGCUCCGAGGACAUCAAGGACAUGACCCGAGACCAGAUAUCCGAGGAAAAAGUGGCUCUUCAGAAAGGUCUUCUAUAUUACGAAAGCAUCCACGGGCGCCCGGUCACAAAGAGCGAGAGGUUGGUGAUGAAGCCUCUCUACGACCGUUACCGACUGGUGAAGCAGAUCCUGUCCAGGGCAACCACCAUCCCCGUCAUUGGUUCCCCUUCCAACAAGCGAAGAAGCCCUUUGCUGCAGCCAAUUAUCGAGGGCGAAACUGCUUCAUUCUUCGAGGAUCCAAAGGAGGAGGAGGACGGCUCGGAGGAGGACUGCAACGCCAAGCCCGACUUCACGGUCCCGGUGAAGCCAGUCCUGACCAUUCGCAGCUUCCUGGACCAGCUGGACGAUGAGGCAGAGGGCUUCGUGUCACCCGUGGACGAGAAGGCGGCUGGCAAAUGCACCCUUGAUUUGAGGCUUUCUAACCUGCACUCAGCAUCCAUGCCCGAACUGCUGGAGCAGCUACAGGAAGCCAGAACAGACAAGAAAAGGCUCCGCAAGACUCUGCGGGACUUUGAAGACACGUUUUUUCAGGAAAACGGAAGAAACGUGCAGAAAGAAGAUCGUGCGCCUAUGACCGAGGAGUACAACGAGUACAAGCACGUCAAGGCAAAGCUGAGGCUCCUGGAGGUGCUCAUAAGCAAGCAGGAUUCUUCAAAGGUCGUAUGAAUCCUGAACUGGUCAGGGCAUUUCCAGAUUUCGUUGCCACUUGUACUUGGCAAGGUGGUCGGUCCCGCAGAGAAACACUGGCUGGAGGGGCCAUUGUGGGUUCUUGCUGUGCAGUGCACCGUAGCGAAGGCUGAUGACAGUGUAUUUACUGCCCCCCUGCCGGCCUUGCCUGCCUGCUUGCCCGCCUACACACCCACGCACCAUCCUUUGGAGAAAGAUGACCCGACAGCAAGCGAUGGACCACAAUUGCAGACGCCUCUAAUCUGAGAAGGGUUUGCUAUCCACCCAGUGAUUACUGCUGCCAAACCUCUCAGCUUUUCUGAGAAUCAAAAUG